AUGUACGUGUGCCGCUCCGCCCACUUUGCAGGGUACCCUACGUCGUCUCGAGUGAUCUACACGGCGAAGGGCGGGCACGCCAGCAGCACCCACGCCCACGCCAAGGGAGACACCCUGACAUCGACGAUGGCGGCGGUGGCGGCAGCGGCGAAGAGCGCGAGCGCUCGGCCGUCGGCCCUCAAGCUUCCCUCGUCUCCGCACCCGGCCGACGACGCGGCGCCGUGGCUCGACAGCCUAGGCCGCAGCUUCGGCGGGGUUGGCGGCGGCGGCGGCGGCGGCGGCGGCGGGCGCAGCCGCGGGUGCAGCGCCCACUCGACCAGCGCCGCCGGCCUGCUGAGCCCCCGGUACCUCCAGUCCACGACCGUGUCGCAAGCGAAGGCGGUGGAGCCGUCCGGAAAGAAUCACCAUCGCGCGGAGCAAAAACACCGCUCCUCAAGGCGCAGCAACGGCGGUGGCCAGGCCCGUGGCCGCGGCCGCCGUCGGGAAACGGUGGGCGGCGCUGGCGGCGGCGGGGGCGGCGGCGAGAGCGACGUCGGGUUUGGCGCCUGCGGCGGGGGGUUUGGUGGAGGCAUGUUGGAGAGCCUGGGGGGCUUCCUGGGGAUCGGGAGGGGCGGGGGCGGGACGCCUUGGGCGACCGGGGCGGUAGGUGGCGGCGGCGGCGGCGGCGGCGGCGGCGACGGCGGAAAAGACGCGGCCGGAUGGGGGAAGAGCAAGAGGGCGGGGAGAAGUAGCGCUGGGAAUAAUCAUGCUGCUCGUGGCAGCAGCAUCGGCCCCGUUGGAGAAGGAAAAAUCGGCAGCAACGUGUUCAGUCGACUACGGAACAGGUCCACAGACGGCACCCAUUCUCGGUAUGGCAACGUCAAGGUCAGAGCCCCAUCGAGCGGCGGCGGCGGUGGCGGCCGUCAAGGUCUCAAGCCGCCGCCCGAGGACGAGUGCGCUCAGCGCGCGAGGGCGGUGUUGCGGAGGGACGAGCGCGAGGUCGUGGCUAUAAAGGCGGCGGUCGGAAAGGGAAUCGAUCGCGGCUACGACACCAUGCGUACCACGUGGCCGUGA